AUGGAGAAGAACUUGAUCAUCAACGUGACGUGCAAUCCACCUGUUAUUUCUAUUCUUGGCCCUGUAAGGGAAAGCACCAUUGAUAAGCUCAACGCCGUGCUUCCAGGCGCUUGCACCACGACAAACACUGAAAAGGUCGAGUUUGCGUUUGUACGAAAAGAGGAACCUCCGCACUGGUACGGUGAGCUUAAGACUCAUUUUGCCAGCGAAGAUAUUGGGCAGUCGCAGCUUUUUGUCGCGUUACUCGAUGCAGUGGAGGAGGAGGGUAUGUGGAGGCUGUGUGGCAGCAACGCGAUCAACCACGACUUUGACAAGGCCACACAUAACUUCUUCUUUGUUCGUGCGUAG